CAAGGUUGCUCAUGUGUGAGUGAUGCGCUUGAGAAAGAUCGAUAGGCAAAAAGAGAGAGAAAAACAGGAUGGGGACUCUAUACCAAGAACCUCCACGCCUCAUCCAGGACCUCAGGGUCACCGUUCACGACACCUCCCUGGUGUUCCCGUCCAAACCCGUCCCCAACAAGCCCUUCUUCUUGUCCAACAUCGACAAGGUCCUCAACUUCGACGUCCAGACCAUCCACUUCUUCCCUGCGCACGUGGAGUUCCCCCCUGACAAGGUGACCGAGACGCUGAAGGUCGCACUCGCCAAGAUCCUGGUGCAUUAUGAGUUCCUGAGUGGGCGGCUCAAGUUCAACGCUGCGAGUGGGCGGCUGGAGAUUGAGUGCAACUCGGAAGGAGUGGGGUUCGUGGUGGCGUCCAGCGAGUGCAGCCUGGACGACGUUGGGGACUUGGUUUAUCCAAACCCGGCCUUCGAGCGGUUGGUCACCAAGUCUAUGGACAUUCUGCAACCUGACAAUCAGCCCUUGUGCAUAGUCCAGGUGACGUCGUUCACGUGCGGGGGAUUCGUGAUGGGGAUAUCGACCAAUCACGGGACCUUCGACGGGUUGAGCUUCAAGAUGUUCUUGCAAAACCUGGCCGCGCUCGCUGCCGACAAGCCUCUGGCGGUGGAUCCCUGCAACGACAGGCGGCUCCUGGCUGCCCGCUCGCCGCCGCAGAUCUCGUUCCCCCACCCGGAGCUGCUCAAGCUUGACGUCGCUCCGGGCCAAGACUCCUCGCGCCCCCUCGUGUUCAAAGAUACCCCUGAGGACCUUGACUUCAAGAUCUUCAAGCUCUCUCCCAAGGACAUUGCCCAUCUCAAGGAGAAGGCCGCCAAGGACGCCGGCGGCCCAGGCUCACCCUAUCCCAAGGCCCGUGUCACCGGCUUCAAUGUCGUGACUGCCCACAUAUGGCGGUGCAAGGCCCUGUCGUCGUGUGAUGGCACUGACGAUGGUAGUAGCAAGAGCCGAUCAUCAACGCUGCUGUACGCGGUGGACAUAAGGCCAAGGCUGGAGCCCCCGCUGCCACGGGGUUAUGCGGGGAAUGCAGUGCUGACGGCAUACGCAACGGUGACGUGCGGGGAGCUGGAGGAAUGGCCGCUAGGGAGGCUGGUAGAGAUGGUGACAGAGGGGGCGGGGAGGAUGACAGACAAGUAUGCGAGGUCGGUCAUCGACUGGGGGGAGGUAAACGUGGGGUUCCCGCACGGAGAGGUGCUGGUGUCGUCGUGGUGGAGGCUCGGGUUCACCGAUGUGGAGUACCCGUGGGGGAGGCCGAGGUACAGCUGUCCACUGGUGUACCACCGCAAGGACAUCAUCUUGCUCUUCCCGGACAUGAUCACGACUAGCCCAAAUGGCGGCGAUGGCGUUAAUGUCUUGGUUGCCCUGCCCGGCCCGGAGAUGGCCAAGUUUCAGUCUCUGUUCCACAAGUUCUUGGCCUGAGACAAUCCAGGACCUUAAUUUGCAUUAUUCAGAUCCAUAUAUCUAUAUCUAUAUCUAUAUCUCUAUAUAGAUAUAUAGAUGCACGUUGGGUUUGGUACGUAUAUGAACAUAUGCAGAUAGAGAUGAGCAUGUGUGGAUUUUAUCUGUGGAUGUACUCAUGCAAGUAUCGUAUAUGAACGUCGGGCGGCCAAAAUCGUCUCUCGCUCAUCAGUGUAGGUGAGAACCCGAAGAUUGUUGCCUUUAUUUGAUUAUUAUAUGGUCAUAUGUCUCGACUCUUGGAUCCAUGGGUUUUGUUCAUCUUCGAUUUUCAUUGUAAGGUUACAUAAUUUGGAAAUCCCGCUUACUUUCCUGUUCAACUAUACAUGGACGACGCGAAAGUAGACGCA